AUGGAAUCAUCUACUGGUGGGAAAGAGGAGACAGAAGAAAGUAGAAAUGCUUUAAUCGCAAUACAGGCAGCUUUACAGAGUCAAAAACUGUCAAUAGAACUACUUGGUUACUGUUUUGAGCGAUGCGUGCCAUCUCCAGCGGAGUCUUUGACCAAUUCCCAACAGACUUGUCUUUGGAAUUGUGCUCAAAGGAAUGUUGACACUCAAUUUUUUAUUUUAAAGCGAUUGGAAGGAAUGGCUAAAGCAUUUAAAGCUGGCUCAGAUUCCAUGAAAUAG